AUGGGGAAGCACUUUCGGAUUAGACGUGUUGAUGAUGAACUUGAAGAUAAGCAGCCGGGCUGCGUGUGGGGAUUAGUCCAUGCCCUCGACUAUCAUCAUUGGCAUUCCAAAGGCAGAAAAAUGAUCCAUCACCGAAAACAUGAACGCCAAAGACAGUCAAACUUUUAUGGAAGUCCCAAAACAAAAUUGCUGGAUUCUGGUGAAGUAGAAAAGCUUUUAAAUGACCAAGAGAGCGCAUUUGUUAGUACUCAAAGUUUUCGCUCAACCAACAAUCGAUCUCUAAAAGCCCCCAUAGCCAAAGAGAAUUCUAAGGAAGGGGACUUAGAGGAGAAUGGACAGCAUAAAGCUGGUUCCUCAGUCCCAUCAAGAUUGCAGCGAACUUAUUCAAUACACCAUCUGGAAUCCUCAGAUUGUGGUCUUCAUAAAAUAAUCACGGACUGGAAUCAUCCUAUCAUUUUCUUUCCCGAAAAUGGUGCGACUCAGUCAUUGGAUACAGCAAAUAAGGUGGCUUUUGACCAGCAAGAAGCUUAUAGUGAUUCUAUGGACGGUACCAAACAUGAACUAGAAGAGGGUGCAGAUGUUCUUGAGAUGUUUAAGGUAGAUAAGGACUUAUUUGUAAAAACUACAAAAGGCUUGGAUAAAAGCAAAGAGGAGUUCUUCGACGGUCUGCUACCCUUGAAUAAAACUGCAAAAUUGAGCAAAGCGAAAUCCUUCCCUGUUGUUGAUUUGUUGCCAAGGAGAAAAUUAAAGCCUAGUAAACUCGAGCACAAGAAAAAUGAAAUUUGGUCAUUCCGCGAAGGAGACAAAUUGAGAGCUUUUAAUCAAGCACCUCAGUUGGCUCAUUCUGAGAAAGAAAUUGUUCAAAGACGGAACGAGACAAUUUCCAGUGGUACUGAUGAAUAUAAUAUUACAAAAGGUGCGAAAACUCACCGCAGAAGUUCUUCUCUAAAUGAAUCAGUUGCUAUAUACGCUUCAUUGUUUGCUAGUAGUUAUGGUGCGGAAGUCCAGUUGCAUUCCUCUAGGAGCUUAAAGUCGAUAAAUGAAUAUGGCCAUGCUCCAAAGUGCUUCCCAAGGAUUCGCUCUCUAUCUCAGGCUGAUUAUUAUUACUCCGAUAUAAAAUUUGGGUUUCUAGGCAAUGAUUUCUCUGCACAUGGUUCAAAUACUAAUUUUGAAGAAAGUAGCUCAUGUGUUAAUCAAGAGAAUACACCACUCGAUGCAAAUGAGGCUACCGAUGGCCAAAACGAAUCAGUCAAUGCACAUAAUUGUAUGCAAAGAAUGGAAAACAAUGCCUGCAGCUUAAGGUUGAAUGUGAGGGAUGAGGAUAGUUUUCUGUUGGAUGGUUGUGUACAGGAAGUGGAUGAGUUAACAGUGGACGAAAGUGAUUCCCAUGGGGAACAAGUGACUAACAACUCGGGAAUCAUCCCCGAGAUUCGUCCAGAGGAAUGUUGCAUCUCAGAUUCUGAGAAAUCCUUCCGAGGAAUGGUAUCUCACCCUGGAGAUAUUCAAAUUUCUGAAGGUUUGGAUCAUGAAUGCGAUUGUUUCUACCAGAAGAAUUCUUCAGUACUCUCUCACGAUCAGAAGAGUUUCUACAUGGAUUCUUCCUCGUCUUUCAACAGCACGCUGAACCAUGAGAAAAUUGAAAAUGCAGAUACAAAUAUCAGAUAUUUUAGAGAGAAUGAAACUCAGAAAGAGCCUGAUUACAACUCGAAUUAUGUGAGACACAUUCUUGAGAAAUCUGGUUUCAUUGAAAACGCCUUCAACAUAACAUGGCAUUCAUCUGAUCAGCCAUUGAGCCCUGAACUGUUUGAGGAAGUCGAGGCUAACUGGAACCAUGAACAAUCUCAAUUAACCGGUUGGCCAGACUUUUACGGCAGUUGGCAUCAUCGGCUGCUAUUUGAUGUGGUUAAUGAGGUGUUAAUUGAGAUAUACAAUAAAUCAUUUCUGUACUAUCCAAAGGCCUUAUCCUCUAGUUGUCGUGUUCGUCCAAUGCCAGUGGGAAACCACUUUAUCAAGGAGGUCAGCACAAGUGUUGGCGCAUCGCUUAAUUUCAAGCCCGAGGAAAAGGAGUCUCUAGAUUCUAUAAUAUCUUGUGAUUUGGAAAACGACUACAGAUGGAUGAACCUCCAAUUAGAAUCUGAGACUGUUGCACUUGAUUUGGAGGAUGUGAUUUUCGAUGAACUUCUUGAAGAGGUUAUCUGUAACAAAUUUAAUGUGUAG